UUUCAGAACAAAAUGCAUCCCAGAGAGUGGAACAGAGACGCCCAGUUCAGAGGUCGCGUCAGAAUCCAGCUGAAGCAGGAGGACGGCGCCCUCUGUCAGGACAAGUUCCGCUCCCGUAAAGACGUGAUGCUGUACGUCGCCGAGAUGAUCCCCAAACUGAAGACUCGGACUCAGAAAGGCGGCGCAGACACGGGCUCCCAGCAGGGGGAGGGAGGAAAGAAGAGCAAGAAGAAGAAGAAGUAGAGGAU